AUGGGUGAGAUAGACGAAAUCUUCUCUGGGAAAACCAAGGCCAAGGGAAAGUUAAAAGAGGCCGAGCCCAGCUCAACACCGAAAGAUAAAGUUAUCUCUAAAAAGAAGAAGAGCAAAAAACCUACCAAGUCUGGAUCCCUAGCCAAGGAUUCGGUUGGUCAUGAUGAGCCUGUCGAAAUUCCGACUGCCAGUACGGCUGCAAAACGAAAAGUCCCCGAGACCGUAGUGGACCCAUCUACAGAGGUGGAGUCGAAGAGUAAGAAAUUGAAACCCUCCAAGCAGGGAAAGAAGAGCGCUGUGGUGGAUAGCGACGAUGAACGGUUCAGGGAUUCGAGAGGGACAGGCCCAAGGCGAAAAACCGAGGAAGGCUUUUUAUCUACAAAGAGGACGAACUUGGAAUCAACGAUGAGGGAGGAGAUACGCCCCUUUGUCCUUUUGACUGUGACUGCUGUUUUUGAAUGGGCUGGAAUCUUGUGUGUGCAAGUUAACUUUUGUGCUCUUCCACUUUGCCAUACCACGAGCACAACGUAUGGUGUUUUGUAG